CGGCGCCGGCGAGUGCACAGAGCGAACUCCCCGGCUCCCUAUAUAUAACAUGCAAAUGUACACCCAGUUCCACAGACACACGUACACUACCGAGUACGGUUGAUCUCGUCGGCGAGGCCACAGACCAAACACUACACUCUCCUUGCGUCGCUACACGAUGAGCUGCCAAGAGGGCGCCACGCCGGCGGCGGCGCAGCCGCACGUCCUCCUCGUGUCGUGCCCGCUGCAGGGCCACGUGAACCCGCUAGUCCGCAUCGGCAGACGCCUCGCCGCCAGGGGCAUCCACGUCACCUUCACCACCGUCCUCCGCGGCGCCAUCCACCGCGGAGACGGCGCCUCCGUGUCCGCCGGCGGCGUCCGCUUCGAGUACCACCUGCGCGACGACGACCACGACAACGAAGACCGGGCGAUGACCCCCGAUGACAUGCUGCGGCGCGUCGUGGACGUGGGCCCCGCGGCGCUGGCCGACCUGGUCCGGCGCCUGGCCGACGCCAGCCGGCCGGUCUCCUGCGUCGUCAACACCACCUUCGUGCCCUGGGCGCUCGACGUGGCCCGCGAGCUGGGCCUCCCCUGCGCCACGCUCUGGAACCAGUCCUGCGCCGUGCUGUCCCUCUACCACCACUUCUACGACGACGACGCGCCGUUCCCGGGCGCGGCCGAAGAUGCGCCGGUGGCGCUGCCCGGGCUGCCGGCCAUGUCCUUGGACGAGCUGCCGCUCAUGGUCCGACCCGAGUUCGCGCACAACCUCUGGGGCCAGAUGCUCCGAAGGCAGCUCGUCGAGGUCCGUGGGAGGCAGGCACCAUCGUGGGUGCUCGUCAACACCUUCCACGAGCUCGAGCGCGACGUCAUCGAGGCCCUACGGGCCCGCGACGUCGCCGUCACGCCCGUCGGCCCGCUCCUGGACGAUGAUGAACCGGCCGUGGGCGACGACGACGCCUGCGUGAUGGCGUGGCUCGACGCGCAGCCGCCGCGCUCCGUGGUGUACGUGGCGUUCGGCAGCCUUGUGGACAUCGGGCGGGACGAGACGGCGGCCCUGGCGGAGGGACUCGCCAGCACCGGCAGGCCGUUCAUUUGGGUGGUGCGCGACGGCCUCGUCCACCUGCCGGAGUCCGUCCUCGCCGCCUGCCGCGGAGACACCGGCAGGAUCGUGGCGUGGUGCCCGCAGGGGCGCGUGCUCCGGCACGGCGCGGUCGGGUGCUUCCUGACGCACUGCGGGUGGAACUCCGUCACCGAGUCGCUGGCGGCGGGCGUGCCGGUGAUCGCGUACCCGUGGUGGUCGGACCAGUUCACCAACGCCAAGUUCCUAGUGGAGGAGUACGGGGUCGGCGUCCGGCUGCCGGCCCCGGUCACGCAGGACGCGCUCCGUGCGUGCGUCGACGAGGUGAUGAGCGGACCGGAGGCAGUGGCAAUGCGGGCGAGGGCAAGGGCGUGGAAGGAGGAGGCGGCGGCGGCGCUGGCCGACGGCGGGUCCUCGGACCGGAGCCUCGAGGCUUUCGUCGACUUCCUGCGAGCGCCUACAAGAUCUGGUGGAGUUGACACGAUUAGCUCGCCGGCAAAGCAGGGAUCGGUCAGUUCGUUAUAAUUUCAUCUAACAAUAAUCCGUCCUAUCCCUUCGAGAACAUUUUUUUGUUGAACCAAUGAGGAGCUUGAACCAUGCUCCAACACUUUCAUUGUCCGAUACCGUUGUAUGGAAGGAU